GCAUGGGACCAAAACAAACAUUGUAAAAAAAAGUAUUUUGUGGUUUCCGGAUGUGGUUUUCCGAUUUGUGGUGUCCGAUAUGUGGUUUUUAACCAGUUGCAAAUCAGGUGAUGUGUAUUAUCUGGUUCCACCGGGUAGAUCCCACACCGUCGGCAGAUCUUCCUGCGACUUCCUCAUCGCCGGGGACGAUUCCAUUAGCCGUAAUCAUGCCGAACUGCAGCCAGACGGCGAACUAUUGAAACUCUGCGACCAUUCCUCUCGGUACGGCACUUAUGUUAACAACAAUAUUGCCACCGUAGUUCGCAUCGAGAAAGGUACACCGGCGCUGCUGGUCGAAGGCGAUACAGUUCAAUUUGGCCGGUGUGAGAGCAAAUGGAUGGUUGGCAAGGCUUCAUUUAAAUGCCUAACAUCGACCCUCCAAAGCACGGAUGAGUUCUCUAAGCGAUUGGACACUAUCGGGGUUCAAAUGGUCACCUCAUUUGCCACCGACUUAACGCACCUUAUCAUGCCUACAUUGACUGUUACUACGAAAUUGUUGCAAUGUCUUAUCGGCCAGGUGCCCGUCGUAAGCCCAACGUACUUUACUGCAGUCGAAUCCAGCAUAAAGGAACGUAAGCCGCUUCCGAACAUUGCCGAUUACGUUCCGGAUUGUAACGAGAAGUACAUUAAAAACGUACCUUAUCUAGUGCGACCUGACCCGAGACGUAGGAAACUGUUUGCCGGUAAAGAAUUCAUUUUUCUCGGGAGCGUGCAGUACAAACAGUUUGAAGAAAUCAUAAGGCUUGCAGGAGGUGUCAGCGUAUGUGCUCCGCGCGAAAGGAUAGCCAAGUCGCGUUUCAUAAAACCCCAUGUAAUUACCAUUAAAACAAAGCAUGGGAAUGCAUCACAUUCGCAAACGUACGAUACUAUAGUUGAAUACCUCUCGGGAAACGGAUGUCGCUUGGUACCGGAUAUGGAGAUUGGUCUAGCCAUCUUGUACGUCUCGACGGAAAAGUACUGUAAUCCGUAUUUUAACUUCGCCACGAAUGUGGAAGACUGUGGCAUCGGCGCAAAAUCAGCUGCUAAUAUGGUAACGUUAGCUGAAAGCACCGAAGAUAACACGGAAGCUUCAACAAGUGGAAGGCGCACGGUAGCAGUUGAGGUGCAUACUAUUGCAGAGACUGAGCCUGCUGCAAGUGCUUGUAGCAGUUUAUCCGAUGUGCUGCCAGAACCGAUCCGCAUGGAUCCCCCUGCUUCCAUUGCUUCGCGACGACAGUCAAAGCGAUUAGCAACUGUUUCAAAAGAGAAAGAACAUCAAAGCCCCAGUGCAGAAGAAAUGAAUCUUGAUGUUGAUUAUGCAUUACCUGACCCCAAGCGGCCGAAGAAGAGUGAUGCAUAUAGCAGCAUUGCUAAUUCAAAAUCAUUGAUGUCUGAUAGCGAGAAGCAAGACACUGAAUCCACAGGAACACAGGUUGAACAGGAAGCCCUGCCGCGAGCACUGCCGGAAUCUGUGCUGUCCUCUUCUGCAAGUCCGUCUAAUCGUGCUCCUGCUAAGAUAAACACAGCCGGCUUUAAUCGAAACCCUCAAGAAUCCAACGUUUCGGACGAAACAAAAACCGCACGAUACUGGCGACUGAAACACGCACUCGUCCAAGAUGACGAGGAAGACUUGUUUAAUUUCGAAGAUGUAAACCAAAAGAAAAAACCACGGCUGGAUACAACCGCAGUGGCAACAACUUCUAGGUGUCCACAGGGACAACGAGAUGAUUUUUACGAAUAUCAACAUGGACCCUCUGCGACAACACGAACUUCCAGUCGCUCUGCAACGGAUGGUAAUGUGUCUGCUAAUAAUAUCACGGAGAAUAAAAACUCUGGUAGUCUCCGGCGACCCGGACCUUGUAAACCGAUCCAGCUCUCCGACAAAGGAUGGCUCUCAAAAUCAAUGGAACACUUGAAACUUGAAGAACAUCAACCGGAUGGAGCUUCGAUCCAAAUCAAGCAGGAGAAACUUGAUGACUCGGAGUCAUUUGAGCAACAGGUUCUUAAAACAGCCAAGGGUUUUCAUGUUCGAGAAAUCAGCAUGAAACUGAUCGCCCAUCGACCUACAUCCAUUGAAUAUCGUACUGGUGAUGAUCGAUCAGGGACUUUGAUGAAUGAAGUAAGAAACUUUAAAGCGUUUGUUAAGAAACGGAACUACCAAUCCCCGACAACCUACAUUCACCUACGGUCGUUCUGUGUUACUGAUAACAGCCAGUCGUUGUGAAUUAUUUUGUUGUUGAAUAAAUGGUCCACUAGGACGACUAGUGGACGAUAAGAAU